CCGGCCGGGAGGGAGCAGCCUGCUUUCUCCGGAGUCCGGGGUAGCCAGGGACUGAGCUAAGCCGGAGCGCGGUGCCUGCGGGAAGCCAGGCAGCAGCAGCCUCACCACGCCAUGCGGGCCUCAGGAUUGUGCCAAUGAGGACCUAAAGUGCCUGCCUGCUGACCACCCCAGCCUGCAGUGACCAUGGCCCUCCGCAAGAGGAGUCCCCAUGGCCUGGGCUUCCUUUGCUGCUUUGGAGGCAGUGACCUUCCGGAGAUUGACCUCCGGGACAGCCACCCAUUGCAGUAUCUGGAGUUCUCCAGUCCCAUCCCGAACACAGAGGAGCUCAACGUCCGCUUUGCAGAGCUGGUGGAUGAAUUGGACCUCACAGAUAAAAACCGGGAGGCUGUGUUUGCAUUGCCACCAGAGAAGAAAUGGCAGAUCUACUGCAGCAAGAAGAAGGAGCAGGAGGAUCCUAACAAGCUGGCCACCAGUUGGCCGGAGUACUACAUUGACCGUAUCAACGCCAUGGCCGCGAUGCAGAACCUGUAUGAAAGAGAAGAUGAGGAGACAGACAAGAGGAGCCAAGUUGUAGAAGACCUCAAGACAGCUCUCCGGACACAGCCCAUGAGGUUUGUGACCCGCUUCAUCGAACUGGAAGGCCUGACCUGUCUGCUGAAUUUCCUCCGGGGCAUGGACCACACCACCUGUGAGAGCCGCAUCCACACAUCUCUCAUUGGCUGCAUCAAGGCUUUGAUGAACAACUCCCAGGGCCGGGCACAUGUCCUGGCACAACCUGAGGCCAUCAGCAUCAUCGCUCAGAGCCUGCGCACAGAGAACAGCAAGACUAAGGUUGCGGUGCUGGAGAUCCUGGGUGCAGUGUGCCUUGUGCCGGGAGGCCACAAGAAGGUUCUGCAGGCCAUGCUGCACUACCAGGUGUAUGCAGCCGAGCGCACCCGUUUCCAGACUUUGCUGAAUGAACUGGAUCGAAGUUUGGGCCGAUACCGGGAUGAGGUAAACCUGAAGACAGCCAUCAUGUCCUUCAUCAAUGCCGUCCUCAAUGCUGGCGCUGGAGAGGAUAACCUGGAAUUCCGCCUGCAUCUCCGGUAUGAGUUCCUGAUGCUGGGAAUCCAGCCAGUGAUUGAUAAACUUCGGCAACAUGAGAAUGCUAUCCUGGACAAGCAUUUAGACUUCUUUGAGAUGGUCCGAAAUGAGGAUGACCUGGAGCUAGCCCGGAGGUUUGACAUGGUCCACAUUGACACCAAAAGUGCCUCCCAGAUGUUUGAGCUUAUCCACAAGAAACUGAAGCACACUGAAGCCUACCCCUGCCUGCUGUCCGUCCUGCACCACUGCCUGCAGAUGCCCUACAAGCGGAAUGGUGGCUACUUCCAGCAGUGGCAGCUCCUGGACCGAAUCCUUCAGCAGAUCGUCCUCCAGGAUGAGAGAGGUGUGGACCCUGACCUGGCCCCACUGGAAAACUUCAAUGUCAAGAACAUCGUCAACAUGCUCAUCAAUGAGAAUGAGGUGAAGCAGUGGCGGGACCAAGCGGAGAAGUUCCGGAAAGAACACAUGGAGCUUGUGAGCCGGCUGGAGAGAAAAGAGCGGGAAUGUGAGACAAAGACCCUGGAGAAGGAGGAGAUGAUGCGGACGCUCAACAAGAUGAAGGACAAACUGGCCCGCGAGUCUCAGGAGCUGCGCCAAGCUAGGGGACAAGUGGCAGAGCUGGUAGCCCAACUUAAUGAAAACUCAACCGGCCCAGUGUCUUCCCCACCUCCCCCUGGAGGUCCACUCACCUUGUCUUCCUCCUCAACAACCAAUGAUCUGCCUCCACCCCCACCUCCUCUCCCUCUUGGUAGCUCCCCACCCCCACCCCCACCACCCCUCCCUCCUGGCGGGCCUCCCAUCCCCCCAGGUGCCCCACCCUGCUUCAGCUCAGGCCCGCCCCUGCCUCAUGACCCCUUCUCCAGCAAUGAAGCCCCACUCAGGAAAAAGCGCAUCCCUCAGCCUUCACACCCACUGAAGUCCUUCAACUGGGUCAAGCUGAAUGAGGAGCGUGUUUCUGGCACCGUGUGGAAUGAAAUUGAUGACUCACAGGUAUUUCGGAUUCUGGACCUGGAAGAUUUUGAAAAAAUGUUCUCGGCAUAUCAGAGACACCAGGGUUGCAUGCAGGAGGGUCCCCAGAGAGAGAGAGGAAAUGUGAGAGAUGGAGGGACUGCAAGCAGACCUCUGACAGCCGCGGAGGCGAAUGCCCACAGAACUGAGAAGGCUUCUAGGUCUAUGGUAUCAGCUUCAGGUGCCAAGAAAGAACUGGGCUCCACAGAGGACAUCUACCUAACAUCCCGCAAGGUUAAAGAGCUGUCAGUCAUCGAUGGUCGGAGGGCCCAGAACUGUAUCAUUCUUCUCUCCAAGUUGAAGCUUUCCAAUGAUGAGAUACGGCAGGCCAUCUUGAGGAUGGAUGAACAAGAAGACCUCGCUAAGGACAUGCUGGAGCAGCUCCUCAAGUUCAUCCCUGAGAAGAGCGACAUUGACCUCCUGGAAGAACACAAGCAUGAGAUUGAGCGGAUGGCGCGAGCAGAUCGCUUCCUCUACGAAAUGAGCAGGAUCGACCAUUACCAGCAGCGGCUCCAGGCCCUCUUCUUCAAGAAGAAGUUCCAGGAACGCCUGGCUGAGGCCAAGCCCAAAGUAGAAGCUAUCCUGCUGGCCUCCCGGGAGCUGACCCUCAGCAAGCGCCUGAAGCAAAUGCUGGAGGUGGUUCUCGCCAUCGGUAACUUCAUGAACAAGGGGCAGCGUGGGGGUGCCUACGGCUUCCGGGUAGCCAGCCUCAACAAGAUCGCGGACACCAAGUCCAGCAUUGACAGGAACAUCUCUCUGCUUCAUUACCUGAUCAUGAUCCUGGAGAAGCACUUCCCGGAUAUCCUGAACAUGCCCUCAGAACUACUGCACCUAUCAGAAGCUGCCAAAGUCAACCUGGCAGAGCUGGAGAAGGAGGUGGGCACUCUCAGGAGGGGCCUCCGAGCAGUGGAGGUGGAGCUGGAAUAUCAGAGACACCAGGCACGAGACCCCAAUGACAAGUUCGUCCCUGUCAUGAGUGACUUCAUCACAGUGUCUAGCUUCAGCUUCUCGGAGCUAGAGGAUCAGCUGAACGAGGCCAGGGAUAAGUUUGCCAAGGCACUGAUGCACUUUGGAGAGCAGGAGAGUAAGAUGCAGCCGGAUGAAUUCUUUGGCAUCUUCGACACCUUCCUGCAGGCCUUCUUGGAGGCCCGGCAGGAUCUGGAGGCCAUGAGGAGGAGGAAGGAGGACGAUGAGCGGAGGGCGCGCAUGGAGACCAUGCUGAAGGAACAGCGCGAGAAAGAAAGAUGGCAGAGGCAGCGGAAGGCCUUGGCUGGUGGCGCCCUGGAGGAGAGCGGCGAGUUCGAUGACCUGGUGUCAGCCUUGCGCUCUGGAGAAGUUUUCGACAAAGACUUGAGCAAGUUCAAGCGCAACCGGAAGCGACCUGGGAGCCAGGUCCCAGAGGUCACCCGCGAGAGGGCAAUAAACAGGCUAAAUUAUUGACUUGGGGACUGGGGACUGACCACAUAGCAGCAAGCCUGGAGACAGGAAUUAGGGAGAGGAGUUGAAUAGAAAAAGCAACGACUUAAGUGAUUUUUGGAAGACUGGGUUUGGGAGCCCUGGGCUGGGUCCCGGGGGCCGUGUGCGGCUAGACCGGGUGUCUCCCGCACUGACAUCGGGUCUUGUCUCCUGUAUGUUACCCAUUCUCAUCCACGUUCUGUCCAUCUCCCUCUGUGCCCCUCCCCUCCUGGCCAUCGUUCUCUAAGACUAGCUUGGGCAUCCCUGGCAGGCCCUCACAGGCUGGGUGACAGUUUGCCACACCUCAUGUUGGCCCAGAGCUGUUUAAGAUCCAGGAGACCUUCCUGCCCCGACAUUUUGUACAGUAUGUGGUGGUGGAGUGGUACCCAAGAGAGAGCCAGCAGUAGGCUCCUAUCUGAAAAGACAGCUCAAGGGAAUAUGGAUCUGGGAUGGGGACCAGGGGGUUAUGUGUUCUAGUUAGAUAUGCUCUAGUAUGUUCCAGAAAAAAACGGGACCAGAGCCAGCAAGUGUGUUAUCUGUCUGCACCCUUUUCCUACUGGCCACCUCCAUCCCAUUUAUUAAUUUCUGGUCCCCAAAUUCAUCCCCAGUUUCUAGAACUCUGGCUCACCGUCAGCUUAUAGUGUGGCUCUGGUAAGGAUGGGUGUCCAAGAAAGACUCUGUCAUGACCUCACCAGACUCAGGCAUAGGCCCUGAGGCAAACCCCAAGGCAACGUGACCACCAUCUUGGAGAGACUGACCUCAGAUCCCCACUGGAAGGUAGUACUCGAAUGCUUCACUCCCGAGUGGGCCCCACUUACCAUUUCCCUCAGCUGACCCUUGCUAUAUGCCACAGUCGCCUCAGUCUACGCCUGCAGGCCCCAUGGAGCUCCACAUACUUGGCUACAGCUGGCCUCGGGGAAUUGUUCCUGAGGGCUAGAACUGCCCUCCAUAUUCAGCUGUCACUCUGAGGGCGACAAUUAGACAGGGGGCUGAGAAGGAGGCAGGAGAUGCCCUGGGGAUGAGGAGGGAGCACUAGCAUAGGAUGCUCCCCCCAAGGUUUGCCCCUACAUUUGUGCUGUUUGGUUCCUCAGUCUCACUGUAUGGGAUCAUUCUGGCCCUCUGUCCACACUCAUCUUCUGUCCUGUCCACCCAUCUUCAGCUGUUUUGAUGGUACUGGUGGGGUGGCACCGCUAUAUCUAGACACAUGUUCUAGAUGGAGCACGUGAGACCAGCACCAUGCAUGUUUGUCAAAUGCACCCCUAUUUCCUGUCAUCUUGAGACCGAUCUUGCCUGAUGACCAUCCACUAGCUCCUGGCUCUUCUUAUCUAGAGCCCUCCCCGCCCCCCAAAGUCAUUGCCAGUGACUGUGGGCUGCUAGGUCCUGGUCCCGUAACUGUCUGCCUUCCUACAGGAGUUUCCCAGGGUGGGUGGGCAUAAUAGUUGCGGGGAGGAGAGACGCAGGGCCAAGCAGGGUGUGUGCAUUGACUUGAGAGGGAUCUUAGCAAGUGGAGGCCGGGCCAUCUGGCGUGAUGAAGCCCGCCUGAGAGCACAGAAGACUUCUGAGAAUGGCUAUGGAAGAGAGCGAGAGCGUCAACGCUCAUCUGCACACCCAAAGAACCACCUCACCCUCGCCCCACCCCACCCCUUGGGAAGGAAGCCAUGAGAACGUGAAGGCUGGUGCUGGACAUCUUCAUAUCCUCUCCCAAACUGGCUGGGAGGUCAGCCUGCCGUGCAAGGGGCAGGGAACAGGGAUGGACUACACUGCCGCCCGACAGGCGUGGCUGAGCCUAGCCUUCCCAAACACCAUGAAGACGGGACAUGCACCAGGAGAAAUAAGGAAGAUGAGAGUUGUUGAAGGGACACAUUGGCUCUUCAGAAAAGCUGCCUGGCAUCUCUCCAGAGCCCAGCCUUCUCACCCCAAAGAAUUCUGCCUUCUCUAUUUAUUAUUUUUCCAUAGCUGCCCAGUGGCUCUGGUACCGUGUGUCUUUGUAACCAGAUUCCAACAGUGCCUUGGACCACGGACCCUUGUGGUGACUCAGCAGGAAGUGACUGGUGCCCAGUGGAGGUGGAAAGGCUGGCCCUCGAUGUUAAAUGAUGAAGUCUACUCCCCUGUACCCACCCAACCCUCCUGCCGCCUGUGGGCCAACUGUUCCAGUUAGUUUUGUGCACAAUGUAAAAUUCAUAGUCCAGCCAACACACCCCGUCUCAGCAGCGGCAAUUCCCCUCCUAAGGUCGAAGUUUGUUCAGGGGUUGGAAGGCCAAAACUCUCCAGGUGGGUGGAUACAGGCCACCAACUGGGGAGCUGCGACCACCCGCCCAGGACAUCUGCCAACCUUCAUGCCAAGGCUGCUCGCACCAGCCGCUGCAGGAGACAAACAAGGUUUAUAUGUACAAAACUCUACAGUGUCCUUUUUACCUGCACCCUUUUAUAAGAAUAUAUUGUAAUACUAAAAACAAUAUUAAAUUCGUCCCCACCCCUA